AAGGUUAAAAUAGCCUACCACACAUAAGGCAAGAAAGAAAUUAGAGUACAUUGAACAUGGACAAUACAGAAGCAGCAAAGCAAAUCAAUCUCCAUGGCAACCUCAUCACUGCAUCCAACGAUGAAAAUCUAACAAACAUUUUUCACCAAAUCAGAACUUCCAAAUCCCCUGCGGUGAUCAACUUCGGUGCAUCCUGGUGUCGUGUUUGUGCAGAGAUCCUCCCUUCGUUUAAUCAAUUAAGCAACAAGUUCCCAAAACUUUCAUUUGUGUAUGCAGAUAUUGAUGAAUGCCCAGAAACAACCCAACAUAUUCGAUACACACCCACUUUUCACUUCUAUCGAGAUGGUGAAAGAGUCGACGCCAUGUUUGGUGCCGGUCAAGAAAGGAUGAAUUGACAAAGGCUCAGCCACCCCCAAUCGCAUAAGAAACCUGAACAAUACACCGCCGUGCAAGUCCAGAAGCCACCACACUCUUGGCCGCUUGCCUCACAAUAUAAGCCCCACUCCGGUCAACCUUCGUCGGAUCCUUCCCGGAGAAAGCACCACCACCGUGGGCUCCCCACCCACCGUAAGUAUCAAUGA